UCAAUCGUCAUAUGACCCAUUCUAUCGAGUCUGCAAAGCUUGGGCCAUAUUUGUCUGUGCUAAAAUAGUUUCGUGGAGUGAGUGUGUGCAGAUAGUCAUCACAGUUUUUGGGACCUGUAAAUACUCCCACACUUCAUUAUCAAAAUGGCUGAAACAAAUCCCAUCUAUGGACCCUUCUUUGGAGUUAUGGGGGCGGCGUCUGCUAUCAUUUUUAGUGCCCUGGGAGCGGCUUAUGGAACUGCCAAGUCAGGUACCGGUAUCGCCGCCAUGUCGGUGAUGCGGCCUGAGCUUAUCAUGAAGUCCAUCAUUCCCGUUGUCAUGGCUGGUAUUAUUGCCAUCUACGGGUUGGUCGUGGCUGUACUGAUUGCUGGUUCUCUUGAGGCGCCAGCCACUUACCCCUUAUUCAGAGGGUUCAUCCACUUGGGAGCUGGUCUUGCUGUAGGUUUCUCUGGUCUGGCUGCUGGAUUCGCCAUAGGCAUCGUUGGUGAUGCUGGCGUGCGUGGAACAGCUCAACAGCCCAGGCUAUUCGUUGGAAUGAUUCUUAUCCUCAUUUUCGCUGAAGUGUUGGGUCUAUACGGUCUCAUUGUGGCCAUCUACCUUUACACGAAACAACAGUAAAUCUGCUAGCACACUCCCGUCGCCCGUGCCCCGGAGCUCUAUGCCUUACGUGAUCUAUCUGCUCAUAAUAUCUCGCGCACAGGGGACGUCGUCGUCGGUAGCGACUUGCAUAGCGCCCCGAGGCACAUCUGUAAAGUAACCUGUUGAGAACUUACGCUUCAGUAUAAUCGUUCGCAUAUCUCCGGCCCGACGCGGACCCGAUGCUGCGUCCGCAUCGUGCCUCGAGUCGCGAACUGUAUAAAUAGUUUUUAAACUUCAAUUUUAUAAUAACGAAUAAAGCACGAGCCCCCGAAUCAUGGAUGAUGCUACCGCGCGAUGACGGAGUUAUUUAUUUUUAAUUUAAUUUCCGCUAAUGUUUUGUUAAGGUGACUGGAGUAUAUCACCAACAUAUCAAUUUAUUUGCGCGUUACCAUCCCUCGCGAUCGAUCCGUUACAUCUGACGAUAUCACUUUUAGAUUAUUUUAGCGUUAAGGCGAAACUAAUGUACAGUUAGAGUAGAAAGUUAAGUCCAAACAAUUUAUCUUAAAAUAAUUUAUGAACCGUUAAACCCCCAGGGUACUGUGUACCGAUAUCUAUUGCUGAGAGUUAAGGUUGAACCUGGCUUGAGUAUACUUGCUGUUACAGCUUUUGGUGUUUAAAGUGAGUGUACUUAUCCAUACUACUUGUACUGUUGCCUGUAUUGUGUACCAAUGCUCUGUGACCACUGAAAUUAUUCCAAAGCGAGUCACAAACAAUGUAAUGCCAGGGAUCAGUUAAUAAACAUGAUUUGUACAUUCCAUA